UUGGCCAAAUGGGACACGGUAUUUGUCUUCAUCCGUCGGUCAAAACUCUGACGAGUGAUUUGUGCUGAUAUUGUUUGUGUCAUUAUGUGUCAGAACAGACAAACUCCUGAAAAACUGUAUAAUGAAUUAUUGCAUGGUAUCGCUUAUGAAAUUAAUUUAAUUUUCAGUUCCUGUGGAAGGAUUCAGACGUGUUCAGGACGUGUUUAGGACGUGUUCAGGACGUGUUCAGGACGUGUUUAGGACGUGUUUACAUUGUUUAUACCUUAUUUAAGUCAACAACAACGUUUUACAUGUUUCUGGUCGGACUAACGGGAGGAAUCGCCUCAGGAAAGAGCACCGUGUCCUCUCAGCUCCGGGGUCUCGGCUGUCCUGUCAUCGAUGCAGAUGUCGUGGCCAGGAGAGUGGUGGAGCCUCAGACCCGAGCGUACCGGCUCCUCGUGCAGUACUUCGGGCAGGACGUUCUGCUGGAGAACGGUGAGAUAGACAGACAGAAGCUCGGACAGAUCAUCUUCACUGACCCUGAGAAACGCAGAAUGCUAAACUCCAUCACACACCCCGAGAUCCACAGAGCCAUGCUCAAAGAGAUCCUGUACUAUUUCAUCCGAGGUUACCGGUAUGUCAUUCUGGACGUUCCUCUGCUGUUCGAGACGCGUCGUCUCACUAACUUGAUGAAGCACACGGUCGUCGUGUACUGUGACCCCGCCACUCAGCUGUCUCGGCUCAUGCAGCGCGACUCCCUGAGCCGGGAGGAGGCAGAACAGCGCAUUGCUGCCCAGAUGCCCCUGAGUGAGAAGCGAGGACUGGCCAGACAUGUAAUCGAAAACUCCAGCUCGCGUGAGGACACACACCGUCAGGUCCUGCGCUUACACACCGCACUGGACGACUCCACGGAGUACCUUCCCAUCAGAGCCGUCGCCGUGGCAGCCAUCGCCGGGCUGGGAGGACUCUUUCUGUACAUGGUUAAACUCCUAACAUCUUAGCCAUCAGACGCAGAACAAAAAUACUUUAUGCGAAUGUACAUUAUAUGCAGAUAUAACAGGCUUUGAACUCAACACAUUCCUCACACACAACAUCAUCUUUAUCACAUACUGCCUGCUGUCCUGGAGACACACACACACGCACUUCAGCACAGACAAGUUACAAACACGAAGCUCAUCUGAUCAGAUGCCGAUUACACUGUGAAGAUGGAUCAGUCACUGAAUGUGAAACAUCACAUAACCAAUUCAUUCAAAAAUUGUUAUUGAAAGGCUUUUUAAUUAUUAACCAAAGAAAGCAACUAUAAUAUAACACUAUAGUUAUUAGGUAACACACUGUAAAUAGGUUAAAGAUUGUUAUGUUUGCUUGUUUUUAAUUAUUAUUUUAAUUAUUCAUUUUUAAUCAUUAAUAGACUUCAAUAACUUAUUCAUUUUUUUCCCGCAUUUUUUUUAUUUUAUUUUAUUAGUGUGUAGUGCAGAAUGGGCUCUCACACACACACACACACACACACACACACACACACACACACACACAGGUUGGUGUGUGUUGCUAAUGAUGUGAUACAAUACAUGAAUUCCAACUUAACCUGAACUUAUUUAUCUUUUUUAAGUAAAGAUUCUAAGUUUAAAGUUUUUGUUUUGAAUAAAACGCGGAAUUGACUUAAAACUGAA